UCCCUCCCUCUCUCGGUCGCUCACGCACACGCUUUUCCUCACCAGUCCUCCCACCCUCUCUCUCCUCAACAAAGGAGGACAUGGCAGGAUGGCAUUAGAUGGAUUUUUCCAUGAAACGAAAGGGGAAUUAUGAAAUCUCGAUACUGUCGUCGUUUUGUGCAAAUUCUUCAUGACCUGGAAAUUCGGAACAAAUUUGAAUGGAUGAUCAUGAAUGAAUAAACACAGUCUCAUUAUUAGGCUAAGAUCUUUAUAAAUUCCCCAAUGGAGCAGGAUGUGGAGAGCCCUGUUACAAUCAGACAACCCAAACUGCCCAAGCAAGUCAGGGAUGAUCUACCAAAAAAACGUGUGGAAAAAGAACAGGCAAAAAAGAAGAUCCAGAGAUAUGUGCGCAAAGAUGGAAAGUGCAACGUGCAUCAUGGCAAUGUUCGUGAGACAUAUCGCUACCUUACAGACAUCUUUACCACUCUAGUAGACCUUAAGUGGAGGUUUAAUCUUUUUAUUUUUGUCUUAGUUUAUACUGUAACAUGGCUCUUUUUUGGUUUCAUGUGGUGGCUUAUUGCAUAUAUCCGAGGUGAUUUGGAUCACAUUGGAGACAACCAGUGGACUCCCUGCGUUAAUAACUUAAAUGGUUUUGUAUCAGCUUUUUUGUUCUCAAUAGAAACAGAGACAACCAUUGGAUAUGGAUACAGGGUCAUUACAGACAAAUGCCUUGAGGGUAUUGUCCUUCUCUUGGUGCAAUCAGUGUUGGGAUCUAUUGUAAAUGCCUUCAUGGUGGGUUGUAUGUUUGUGAAGAUCUCGCAGCCCAAGAAGAGGGCAGAAACUCUAGUAUUCUCUACCAAUGCAGUCAUCUCCAUGAGGGAUGGUCGAUUGUGCCUGAUGUUCAGAGUAGGAGACCUUCGUAACUCACACAUUGUGGAAGCCUCUAUCAGAGCCAAGUUGAUCAAGUCAAAGCAGACAAAGGAAGGGGAGUUCAUUCCCUUAAACCAAACAGACAUGAAUGUGGGCUAUGACACUGGGGACGACAGACUCUUCCUUGUGUCACCACUUAUCAUCUGCCAUGAGAUCAACCAGCACAGUCCUUUCUGGGAGAUCUCCAAGGCCCACCUGGCCAAAGAAGAGCUCGAGAUUGUAGUCAUUUUGGAGGGCAUGGUGGAGGCAACAGGAAUGACAUGCCAAGCGAGAAGCUCCUAUGUUUCCAGUGAGAUCAAAUGGGGCUACCGUUUCACUCCAGUUCUGACACUUGAGGAUGGUUUUUACGAGGUAGACUAUAACAGUUUCCAUGAGAUAUAUGAGACCAACACGCCUAGUUGCAGUGCUAGGGAACUUGCUGAGAUGACAGCCCGAUCCCGUCUCCCACUGACGUGGUCUGUGGCCAGUAAACUCAGCCAACAGGGAGUGCUGAACACUGACGAGCAGGAGGAGAAAGAGGACCACACAGGCAUGGACCAGACAGAGAGGAACGGGGACAUCGCCAACAUUGAGAGUGAGUCAAAAGUGUAGAGGAGGCCAGAGACUGGAAGCUGAUACGUCUUUCUCACCCUGUGCCCAAAACGGUUGAGUCACCUCAACUAGUGCAGCAUAGAGACCUCAAAAAGGCUCGAAUCUAUGUAGACACCCCAUAUAACAACUUCAACAUUUUGCAACAUUAAUGGCCCCAAAGAUUACUGAAAUGAUGCCUGGAUGGGGACGUUUGAGCAAAUGCAUGGUCUCAAAUAUAAUUUCUAAAGAAAAGUUAUUUUCAGAUUUUUAAUUGAAAGAUUAAAACCUUAUAUAAAUAUAUAUAUUCUAGGGCAUUUGAAUUUGUAUUUUUGUACAUAUGUUUCAAUAUAGGUUUUGUUGAAGAUGUGUGAAUAUUUGACAGGAGUCAGUUUGAUACAAACACAUUUAGACCAGGUCUGUACAUAUUUUAUGCCUUAUGUGAUUAUGCUUCUUUUCUUAGGGUUUUCCAGAAUAUCUAAGCAUGUACAAAAAACACUAAUUGAUUACUGUACAUAAUGUACAUAAUGAUCGUAGAAAUUCAACACAAGUCACAUUCUCCACUGGAUGCAAAAUUGUUUAUCACACCAACUGGAGGCUUUCUCAGUUUCUGAAAGUGUCUCUGAUCUCAGCCUUGCAUGUCUGGCUUAAUAUUACAACAAAUUGUCUUGUGACCAGUGGCUUAAAACCCUACAGGGGUGUUUGGAUUUUACAAUCAGUUUUCCCCUUUCUUACCUGUAGCCUUUGAGUUUAUUGGUUUAAUUUCUGCAAUGCCCUUUAAGUUAGGAUAAAAUGUUUUGAGAAUUUGUGUUGCUCAAUCUCUCUCUCUCUCUCUCUCUCUCUCUGUCUUUCUCUCUCUCUCUGUAUGUUUGAAUAUGUGUGUAUUUUACUGUUUGUUCCUGUAAAAAAUAUGAUUGCUUUAAAUACUGCAGCCCAUUUCUAGACUCUUAGCUUUCCAAGGUUUGGUGAAUAGUUUACUUAUUUAGUUUUUAGAAAGACUGCUAUCAGUCUGUAUUCAGAGAUUUUGGGCAUCAUUUUGCUGGCAGCCUUAUAAUAAUUUAUUUUCUAAUGAAGAGCAUGGUUUAUUUGAUUAAAUGGUUCAAACUCCUCAUCAGAACUGUAUUUACACACAUUCUUGUUUACUUACUUCCUUGGCAUGGACUAAAAAUCCAUUUAAUAUUGCAGUCAGUAUUUGGAGAAAAGUAAACAAAUAUGUUUACAAAAACACAAUGUUGUUCUAUAACUGCCCACAGUGGUGUCCUUAAAUUUAUUGAUUGCAUCAUAAUUAACCAGUGGUUAUGGAGAUACAAUAAGGUCUAGCUCUGAACUCAACAUAAAACAUGCAAAAGAAAACUAGAGACAAUCAGCCAGUUCUGCAGUAUUCAGGACACUCAGUGUUUGAAUAUUGGAUUUGACCAAGAGAGAAGUAUGACCAAACCAGACAUAAACCAAGGUGUCAUCCACAAUAGAAUGUAAAAGGGCAAGAGUAUUCUGCUGUAUUUGUGAUAGUGCUUUUAAAAGAUCUGCUCCUUUAAGAACAGAUCAAAUAAUACUGUAUUAUUCAAUAAGCCAUUUGAAGGUAAGGGGAAAGCUGUGGUUACUAAUACAUUUAGACAACCUCUUCAAAGCUUGGAAUCAUUUCUUAAAAUCCAUUUUGUUAUUCACAAUAAUAAUAGAUGUUACGAAGUGAACUUACUUUGUAGUUAAUUUUAGAUGGUCUAUUUAGACACCUAGUUCUAAAAUGAUGACUAAUACUAUUUUGCGUCAAAGUGUUGUACAGCACUUAUUUCACUGAUUUUAUUCUGUCCUAACAGUUUUUUGAAAUACAGAUGGAUUGCCAGAUAUGGCGUACAGCUCCCUGGAAGUUUAAUUUUAUUGACAAUAUGUAACUGUAUUAUUAAUCAUUUUUUAAGUUUCCAAACUAUUGGGUUGUAAAUAUUGCUGUUUUAAUUAUUUGGGUGUUAGAGAUGUUUUUCUUUGUCAACAGACCAGUCUUAUUUCUUCAGUGAACUCAUUGGAGAAUGUUAAUCUGACAAUACUUCUGUCAGUUCUAUUUCAGAUGAAUGAAUUUUAUCAUGUCGGAUAAAUUCCAGUUAAAUACAUAAAUAAUGUGAAAAUAAAUAAAUGGAGAACACAUGUCAAUGAAAGAAUGGUAUUAUGAAAUGUCUCAAUUAAAGAUUAUUAUUGUUA